GCCGAGCCGAGCCGAGCCGAACCGAACCGCAAGGAGCCGGGGAGAGGCAGGUUGAGCCGGGCUGGCCGCCUGCGGCUCAGCGCCGAUCCUGCCGCGUCGCCUGGCUCCGUCUUUCUCCUUUUUUUGCCCAAGCUGCUGCAAAACUUUUAUUCUCUUGGGCUCUCCCGGGUGUGUGAAGGAGUCGAGCGCUCGGCUGUCUCCGCGCUCCCCAGCAGCGGCGACCGAGGGGACUCGCAUCCCUCGCCCGCCCAGCUCUCGCACCCUGCGCUUCCUCACCUGCCAGUCGCUCUCCGGAGCCGCGGGAGGGCACCCCCUGAGGGGCCGCGCGGGCGCCGGCGCCCCGAACACGCCCGCUCACCGCGGCGGACCGGCCCCGCGCAACUUUAACUUGAUUUCUCUCGCCCACUCUGGGCACCCACGGCCGCUGUGCCGCCGCCGCCCGUCACUGUCGCCGCGGUCUCACAAAGGGCGCGGGGAGAGGAGGCGACGCGGGCGGCAGCGCGGGCCUCCAGGCCGCCGAGGUUAAGAGACAAAAGGGAGCUGCUUGUGCUCGCCGUGCGGUUGGGAGCAGCCUGCUCGUCCCCUCCGCCCGGCUCGGGCUUCGGCUCCGCGCGCCCGCUCCCCGACCCUCGGCUGCUGCUCCGCCUCCCUCCCGCGGGCGUCCCCGCAGUGCUCGGGACCCGGAGCCUUCGGGGCGCGCGCAGCUGCUGGUGGUCGGGGGCUCUAGGGAUAAUAAAUGAUAGAGGAUACAAUGACUUUGCUUUCUCUGCUGGGUCGCAUCAUGCGUUACUUCUUGCUGAGACCCGAGACGCUUUUCCUGCUGUGCAUCAGCUUGGCUCUGUGGAGUUACUUCUUCCAUACGGACGAAGUGAAGACCAUCGUCAAGUCCAGCCGGGACGCCGUGAAGAUGGUGAAGGGCAAGGUGGCUGAGAUCAUGCAGAACGAUCGACUUGGAGGACUUGACGUGCUGGAGGCCGAGUUUUCCAAGACUUGGGAGUUCAAGAGCCAUAACGUGGCUGUGUACUCCAUUCAGGGCCGGAGAGACCACAUGGAGGACCGCUUCGAAGUUCUUACGGACCUGGCCAACAAAACGCACCCAUCCAUCUUCGGGAUCUUCGAUGGGCACGGCGGCGAGACUGCAGCUGAAUAUGUAAAAUCUCGACUCCCAGAGGCCCUUAAACAGCAUCUUCAGGACUAUGAAAAAGACAAAGAAAAUAGUGUAUUAUCUUACCAGACCAUCCUUGAACAGCAGAUUCUGUCAAUUGACAGAGAAAUGCUAGAAAAAUUGACGGUAUCCUAUGACGAAGCAGGUACAACUUGUCUGAUUGCUCUCCUGUCGGAUAAAGACCUCACUGUGGCCAACGUGGGUGACUCUCGAGGUGUCCUGUGUGAUAAAGAUGGAAACGCCAUUCCCCUAUCUCAUGAUCACAAGCCUUACCAGCUGAAAGAAAGGAAGAGGAUAAAGCGGGCUGGUGGUUUCAUCAGUUUCAAUGGCUCGUGGAGGGUCCAGGGGAUCCUGGCCAUGUCUCGAUCCUUGGGGGAUUACCCACUGAAAAAUCUCAACGUGGUCAUCCCAGAUCCAGAUAUCCUGACCUUUGACCUGGACAAGCUGCAGCCCGAGUUCAUGAUUUUGGCUUCGGAUGGUCUGUGGGAUGCUUUCAGCAAUGAAGAAGCGGUUCGGUUUAUCAAGGAGCGGUUGGAUGAACCUCACUUUGGGGCCAAGAGCAUAGUUUUACAGUCAUUUUACAGAGGUUGCCCUGAUAACAUUACAGUCAUGGUGGUAAAGUUCAGGAAUAGCAGCAAAAUGGAAGAGCAGUGAACCCUCAGGGUCUCGGCUGCCUCAGACUAAGACUUUGACACACUGGUCUCUUUUAAAUGUAGUGAAAGGUUGGGAAUUGUAUUUAGGAUCAUCCAUCCCAGACAGAGUCCCCCUCCCCGGUGGUUUUAGGUGUGUAUUCAGUGAUCAACAGAGGAUGCCCCCGGGCCAAUGUAGUUGACAGACUGGAAAAAGUUUCCUUUGUGUUUUCCAGCUCUUUUGCCCAUGUCCAAAAUACAUAAAUAGUUACAGAUCCACACACGAGGUGAACAGCAGAGGUGCCGUGGAUUCUCCUUUUUUUAAGAUUUUUUUUUUAAGACCCCUUACAGGUUCUCCAGGCAUCACCCUCAGUGCAUGUCCUCCCUGCCGUGGUGGGCAGGGCAGGGCUGUCUUGCAGGACACAGGCCACCACCGUGUCAUUUGUGAGUCGGGGGCUGAUGCAGCAGCACGCGCUGCUGAGGGCAGGGAGGUGCUAGGAUGCUCUGUCCUGCCCACCCCGCUCUACUCAGCAGCCGCCAGAAGCAGGCGAGGGAUGCUUUAUUACUUGUGGGCCGCUCCUGGAGACUGAGGGAGCAGGGAGAUGGAAGACCAGUGACAGCUGUCUGCACAGCAGAAAUCACCCUCCCCUCACCCUUUAUUAUUGCUAAGUAGCCUGUGUAACACCGGUGUGUGUUACUCCCUGUCAGGCAUGACUCCACUUGUGUGUACUCUUGACUGUAUGAAUAGGCAGCUAUUAACUUCACCACCAGACAUGACUUUCCAUCUUGUCUUACCAAGAAACCAUACUGGGGAAACGCAAACAACAGAUUACAGCACCAUAUUCCCUUCCAUCCUGAAGGGCAGAAUGGAGGAAAACAGGAGCAAAUGUUUCAAGGCACCCCUUGGAAGGGCGAGGAGUGAGCUGGUGAGAUCUCUACCCUGCAGUGCGUGCCAGCCUCGUCUUCCAGCGGCUUCCCUCUCCCUAGCUUGUAGCUGUCAAAUGUCUUUGAAGCAGUUUUGGAAGAAGCAGCCCCUUAGAACUGCAUGCGUGUUUCUUGAAACCAGCAUGGUUCCCAGCUGCGGCAGUUGAGAUGUGAUGUUGAAUUGCAGGAACAUGUUUCUCGCCAGUGGAAAGGCAGUGGCCUCUCGUAUUUGGUGAGGAAUCUCUGCCCGUAACUGCGCAUCUGCCCUGCAUAGCCCGGGUGGGGAGUUUGUGCACUGUGGCAGCAAAGGUGGUUGGGAAUCCAAGCAAGAAAAGAGCCCAUACUGCUAAGUGGGCAGAGCUGAGCUAGAGCCUGACUUUCUCACCGCCCUUCCUUUCCUACCACCAAGUGACACCUUGUUUAUAGCCUCAGUAGUUACAUUAAUUCAUAAAAAAUGCUGGGUGGCAGCUCACACAUCCAGACAAAAUUCUUGCUCUCUCUCUCCUCCUGGGAUGGUUUUGUGCUGACGGGGCAUUUGUUCUCAGACCCGCUGGAAGGCCUGGCCUCUAGCUACCACCUGCCAUAGUCCCAUGUCCUCUCUCUUCUUCAGCUGCAGGGGUUUCCCACAGCAGUUUCCAGGAGAGGACUCAGGAGACUGAUGGGUUUUACUUUGUGCUGCUGAGGACUACAAUCCGUCUUGAUUCUUCCAAGAAUUUGCCUCUCUUUGAUGGCAUGAGAAUUAAUAACGGUUCCCCAAGAGACUUGCUUACUUUGUAUACUGUGUUUUCCAGAAUUAGAAUUAGAACCUCGGUUAUUGAUUUUGUAGCCACAGAAUGUUUUAGUACCAACUGCUACCCAUUUUAGAUUUAAGCACGUGCCUCUUGAGAGACAAUGAACCUCUGGAUGCAUGUGUCCCACAUGAGGGUGAGAAGGGGACUGUGGGGCACAGAUGUCGCAGUGGUCAGUAAUGGUGGCUGCAUCAGCCCAGGGGGCUGAGUUUGCUGGAGACUUAGGACAUUCUGAUUCUGGAGAGUCACCUUCUAAUUGAAUUUCCAGCAUUUUACUGUCCAUAGUCAGCUUUCCUUUUUUAUUUUUACUUAACACAAAAAAGCAUAAUAAAGGAAAGACAUGUUUUAAUUCCAAAAUUAUUUUUAAUGUCUAAAAUAAAAAGAGUAAUAUUUUGGUGAAGUUGAAAAAAAGAAAAGCUACCAAAUUAGGAAAUUAGUUUUUAUUUGCCAAGCAAAGUUUCCAAACAUAGUGCUGAGUACACAAGUUACAUAACUUCCAGCUGAGGUCCACGGGCAUCUUGUAAGUUUUACUUUAUAGAAUUAAUUUAUUUGUAAUUUUAACCAAAUAGAGUGUAUAUCUUAUACUUUUUUCUCUAAUAUGACUUGUAGACUUUAUAAAGAUAGACGUUCUAGGUAAAUAUUAGCAGCUUGAUGACUAGUUAGGUAUCUGCUCCCUUCCCGGUAUUGUGGGGCAAUCUUUCCCUGGCUCUUUCCAGCUGUUGGAUUCUUCUUACCCAGUCCUGGGCUGCCCUGUGGGACACUGGCUACUCCCCUUCCCUAGAGGCUCAUCAAGGUUCAAUGUAGGUGAUAGAGAAUUUGAUUUCAGGUUUGCACGUGAAGCUUUUCUAACAGCUUUGGAAUUGUCACCUGAGGCUGCCCAGACUCCCUAGCUAGUCUGAGUUCGAAUUGCCAAUAGUCUCCCUGGUGCCAAACUUUGGGGUGGGAAGCUGGGAGUAAGUACACACUUACAAUCCCCGCAAGACGCCAAGCCCAGAUCUUCAUCACAUACUGCUCUGCUGCUGCUCCACUGGCAAAGUGUACUUUUGAAAUAGGAUGGGAGGGAGGGUUCUAAGGGAAAUUUUUCUCAAUUCCCACUGUAUUUGCAGUCCUUUAAUAAUAGUAAUAAACUACUUAUAUAGAAAGUUCCAAAGCUAGAUCCCAAGACCUGCAUUUUUUUAAAUGUGGCCCACUUGCCUGAGACAAUUAACUGAGUCUUCAAUCUAAUAUAUGUCUUUUUGUAAGUACUCAUUGUUAGAAACCAGUGGCUGCAUUGUUUCUUGCUGUAGACGGAAGGUACUGGCCUCUUAAAUGUUGUAUGUGUCGAGAGUAUUGCACAUUUAUUGAUACAGUAGAGGAGCAUAUACAAGCUGCAUAAUUUAAAAUGCCUUAUUCCAUACUAGUGUAAUGAUUUUGUGCAAAUGACAAACAGGAUUGGAUGGCAGUGACGGCCUCAUCAUUUCAAUCCUAUCCGAAGUGACUCUAGGGACAAAUAAUACUAUUGGACUGGAUCACUAGCAUAUCUGGAAAUGCAUGCAGAAUUUACACAGGGAGUGAUGACUUUUUCCUUUGCUAGGCAUACUCUUCUGUUUGAUGUGUUUUGCUCCUUGAAUUUUUGGCCGAUUUAACUCUCUUGCAACUAUGUCAAUAGGAGAUUUAAAUUCAAAAAAGGCAACAUUUUAUUGUACAUUUGAAUGUGUAAGAAUACAUAAUUUAUAUAAAACUUAUUUUUAGUAAUUUCAGAAAGUUUUUUCCUCCUUUUGGCCUAUCAUUAGACUGACUGUCCCUUCAUAGUCUAUCCCAACUUGUCUUAGCAUGUCACAUCAGCAUUCCUAAUCCAGCUCUGAAAAAAUGACAGGACAGAUACUAUGCUGGGGCUUAAAUGCAUCUAAAUGUUUUAGCUAAUCACCUGUACACUGCAGGAGUGGUAGAGUCCUUGUUCCCCAAGUGUGUUCCACAGAACACAAGUUCCAAAGAUUCUCUUCCAAAGCGGGGGCGGGUCUCAAGGUCAGAGAUUCUUAGAAAGUGUAUAUAAGGUCCUUGAAAUCUGUAUUCAAACAGCCUUCAGAGGAGAGGAAAACACACCACAUAAUGUGUUAGCUCAGUGUUUUCCAGAUUAAUUUGACCACAGAAAUGUUUUGAGUAGCACCUACUAACAGUCCAAGGAACUCCUGUUUCCAUAGAGCUCACUUUGGGAACUUCUGGUAUAUUGAAAUAUUUUUUUUUCACAUCCACCAUGACUUAGUAGUAGCAUAACAGUUUGCAACUUAGAAGCACUAGGUUUUACUUAAGCAGUUGACUUGUAAUAGAAGCAGUGUUUAAAAAAAUAGAAUUUAAUAUGACCACCAGUGGCCUCACAUUGACAGCAAAAAUCCAACAAUUGUACUUGAAACUCUAUAUAAAUAUUAUCUCCCUUCACUCAUGUGAAUAAGAAGUACUUUUCCAUAGCCAGGCAGUUCUCACAUUCAUUACAAAACCUUUCAGUUUCUUUUUAACUUCUAUCUCUGCUUCCCAAAUUCUAUCUAAAUAUUUUUGUUUCAUCACUGUGUGAUAAUAAAAAAGAGGAAAUAAUAAAACAGGAAAAUGCAUAGUUUUCACUCACUUCUGAAAUUUUAACCAGAUUCUUUAAUCUGUGGUAUAAUAAUGGGAAUGCAAAUUAUUAACACUUAUUUACUCUUUCCUCUGUUUUCUCCGUAUUCAGUGAAAUGCUAGUCUUACCUUUCAUAUUUUGUGUAUGUAGUUAAGUUUGGCAAGUUAUUACUUGCCAAAAAUGUAAGACUUGACUAUGAUAGUUUCCUAACAAUCCCUGUCAAGCCUGAGCAAUUUUUUUGGAUGUUUAUGAUGGAUAACUUCCAAAUAACAGAUAAAAAAUUGUGGUAGAGUGAAUUUAGAGUCAAGACAUUAAUUUAAAGUUACAUUCAUAUGCCUAGCAAUGUGCCUGCCUUCUGGACACAAUCUAAAAUACUAAAAACUAAAAAUCAAGAUCUCUUAGGCUAGGUGGCAGACUGCAAAGAGUGAGGGACACUUGGUACUAUGAAACUUUCUUUAGAUGUGUGUUUCUAAGUAUGUUCUUAAUAUGUAAAAUCUUUUUCCUGAUUUGUAAUACUACUUUGUCUAGCAUUUGUUCUUCUUACCUCUGUUAAGCUGCAAACUGUUAAACUAGGGUUGAUCGCGAUCAUUUUAUGUGUGUAGUAGGACUGUACCAUCAUUUUAAUAAACCCAAGUUGAGGACUUUGAGGAUAACAUGUAGUAACUGUUCAUUUGGACAAAUCACCACAGGCAUUUUCGAUGUUCAGAACUGUACCAAAAGGCUGGCAUGAAGCAAGGAAAUAGAUUAUGUUUACAGACAAAGUUCAUUUAUUCCAAAAGGCCCAUAAUCUGCAUUAUUUAACCACAGAAUAAAUCCCAUCUGACAUUCGCCAAAUCCAAAUUAAUUUUGAAAACCUCUAAAGACCAGCAUCCCCUAGCUGUUAGCACAAGCAGGUUCCUCUCCAGGCUCUGGUGGCAGAUGGAAUGGAGGGGAUGGUGAGGGAGUUGAGGGAGAAGAAAAUCUGUCUGGUUCACUCACUGCCUGUGCUAGAGAGGGUCUGUAUCAGCCACAUACGUUCUCUCAUCAUGUCAUAAAGUAGUUCACAAGUUAAUGUGAGUUCAUGCAUUAUUUCAAAAUUUUUUUAGUUUCUUGAUAAUUCAAAAUGUGAUUAUACAGAAGCAAAGAUAAAGAAAUUGGGGUGGAGGUAGAUAGAUGUAGGAUAGCCAGAUAUGAAAGAUAAAAGUACGUUAUCAGAAAUGUGGAUUACUAGACCUUUACUUAUACAUAGGCUCUAUUUAAUAGUGAAAAAAAAUUUUUGUACUGGGGAUCAAACUCAGGACCUUGCACUUGCUAGGCAGGUGUUUGUGUCACUGAGCUAAACCCCUAGCCCUUAAUAGUGUAUUUUAAAACCUACACAUAGAUCAAUAAAAGGCAAGUGUUACUACCCAGAAAAUUAGCCAGGACUCCAAAAAGGAAGUUUGUAUUUUUUUUUUAACAGUGAAAGGCACUAAAAUUACUGUCAUACUCCACUUUUUUCCCCAGAGUCUCAUUUUUCGCUUUCCUAAAUAUCUUUUCUGUUCUAUGCUUCAUUCACUUUCAAGAGACGGUUUUACCCAUUACCUUAAGAAGUUUUGCAUUUUCAAGGAGGAAAUGCCGUAUUUUUAAAAGUUUAAAAGGUACUAAAAUAAACUAAGUGAUUAUUCUUUCAUUUUAGAGUGGCCAAAUAAAACUGAAGUCUUACUAGCUUAGUCACAGGCACAAUAAGAGAGUUUUAACAUACCAGUAAUUUUUCAGAUCCCAGUGUAGAAGCACUGAGUACCCAAGACAGCUUUAUGAAAAUGAACUGCAGUGUAAAUUUAAUAUUGUUUCCUGUAAUGCAACAAAAAUGUGUUGUUCAUUUUUUUAAAAAUGAAUCCUGUAGAAGUGAUUAUUAGCCAUCUCCAACUCAAGAGAAUGUUGCCUGUUAUAUAAAUUUUAAAUUCUCAUCAUCUUAAUGUAUAUAAUGAAAGAUGGUGACUGCUUAAUGUAAUUAUGAAAAGGUAAAUCCUGCUAUGUGGGGAAAAUAUAGCAUCUUGGGACAUUAUUUAGGCUCCAAGGCUACAAUUAAACAGGCUUUACAUAUUAUCAUUUUGAUUUUCCUUUUAUCCCAGACAUGCAUUCAGAAAGUGGAAUAAUAAAUAUCAACAGUGGAAAUGCUUGUAUUCUGAAAAGCAGUGUUUGCCUUUAAUUUUCUCAAAUAUGUCUUUGCAUUGAAACAUUAACAUCUGCCACACUGUCUUUCAGCUUAGUGUUCAAUUACUGAAGUAAAUGAUUUUGAUUUAUUGCACUUACACAGGUUUUAGAGUUGAAAUGUAUUUUAAUAACAAUUCAACAUUCCCGAGUCCCCAAGAAAAAGAAAUCAAAAACCAAAGGAAAAAUGUUAGUCUACAAGAAUGAUUAUUCUGAAAAAUCUAGAAAAUAAUCAUUAAACAAUUAAUUCCAAAAGUUACCUUGAGGGUAGUAUUCCUCCAGCAGAGAGACAAUUUAACCUGUACAUGGUAAGGUCCAAUAAUCCAGAUUUCUGAUGACCUGUUUUAUAGUUUUGACAUCUGGGUAUCCCACAACAACCCCCAAACCAGUUCCUUGACCAUGGUUAGUUCUACCUUUAUUUUUGCACAAAUACAUUUUAAAUUACAAAUUGUCUAAUUAAAGUCCUUUGAGAUUUUUUAAAGGUUUGUCCCCUAGAGACUAUAGUGUAACAGUCUCAUGCCACAAAAGAGAACAUAGAAUAUUUAAAAUCAGUAUUUCUGAGUAUAUAAACUAGAAAAUUUCUUAUAUUGAAAAUUAACAUAUUUCAAAAAUACAAUUAUUAACCUCUAACAAAAAUAGGGGACUUCCAGAUUUAAAAAAAAAAAAAAACAUUAAUUUGGUGCCCAUUGCUACUUUACACAUUGCAAGAUCUAGGUAAGGAAUUUUAAGUUUUGUACUUUGAAGAAAUACGACAACAAUCCUCAGUACAACAAAAAAAUGGAACAAGAGAACAGCGACAUAUUUUCUGUAUGGAAAAAAAUAAACAUAAGUAUCAUACUUUUUAAGAACACAGAACCCUUUUUUCUAAAUUCUAUGCCUGUCUCUCCAUCUUUCCAAAAGCCUUACAGGACUAGUGACGUAGAAUAAUUCUUUCCCUACACAUAAUAGAGUGUGAAUGGUAAGAAACUGAGAAUAUCUCAUUAAGUCAGAAAAGGAGAAAAGUAUGGGGAGAGAAAGGGAAAGAAGGAAAAAAUAUACCCUUAUUAAGAAGUAUUUUUUAUGAGGGUACCAUAGCUCAAAAAUUCUAAUCUUUUACACUACUGAAUUUGGAAACUGAUUUUUUUUUGGAGUGAGCUUUUAUUUAUACCCAUUUCAACACCAUUAAAUUAUUCCUUCAUCAUUUUCUUCCUACUUCAGAAAUCACAAAGGAUUGUUUACAAAAUACCAGGAUCCAUAAUCUAUUAGCAAUGCUUUCUUUUAGGAAUCUCCAAAUUGUAUUAUUAAAUCACAGGUCUAAAUUACAGGUUAAAAACACUGCUCAAAUCAAUCAGAUUUUCUUGUAAGUUGGUCUCAAAACCACCCAUGAUAAGUUCAACAAAACCUUUACAAAACUCCCUCAUGCUUGGUACUCUUCAAAGGUUUUAGUUCAGUAUUCUAUGUGUGUCUCUAAGAGACAGUGAAGCGAAGUGACAGGACAGCCGAGCUCGGAGUGUGUGGCAGUGCAUGAUCCCUCAAGAUGCAUGGUGUGUCACUCCAGGCCCUCCCAUGUGUGCUGGGGUACAGGUAGCAUUGUAGAGGCUAAUGUGUCUAUGCAGUCACAAAAUCUAUGUUGUCUACAAAGUUAACAGCUAAAAAUUCACCCUUGGUGACAAGAUUAAAAGAAAAAUAAAAUACAUUAAAAUGACUAAA